AUGAAGGGAGUGACGAAGGCAGUUGAGUGCACGGGCUUGCGCGAUGGUGGCUGGGUACUGGCGGUCCUUGUGGACCCGAGUGGAGACAGACCGCCCGUGAGUGAUGAUUGCGUCGCCCGAAUGGUGUCGAUUGGCAGUGAAGGAGGGCAAGUUUUGGAGAUGCUGGUUGUGGGUAGUUUCGACGAGUCUUCUCGGAAAUAUCCCCCGACUUUGGACGGGGUCCUCGAUUGGUGUCGAAGGGUGCGCAUUUACCAUCCGAAAGUUCAGUCACCGAAAGAUGCCGAAGACUCCAAGUGCGUCGAGCGCCUGUUUGCCGAAGCCCUUAAGAAAUACUUUCAAGGCGUAGAUUUGUCUACAGUGGAGGAGAUAUGGCAGGAAGCCUUCGGCAAGAAGUUACAGCGCGAACGUGUAAACAACGAACUUGUUGACACCGAAAAUGUUGGGGAAGACAGCGGUGAAGUAGGCGAGCGGUUGGAAGUGUUAAGCGCCAGGUUGUUGACGCGAGCGGAGCGGGACCAACUCGCCCCUCAGGUGGCGGAUGACUGGAUACCGGCCAUCGACAAGUCAGUACAAGAGUCGGACGAAGGUCGACACUGGCUGCGUCACCGCGGGGUACCCAACUGGGUGGAGGUGUUGAGUACUGUUGUGGGUGGUGGUCUAGUGGCAGCCUGGCUCUGGCGUCAGGAACAAGCUUCUGCGUCGAGCUACGAACCCCUUUCCGAGUCAUCACUAACGUCGUUGCAAAUUGUAGGGGACGUUUGCAAACGCGCGUUCAACACUACAGCUCAGCAGAUGCAGCCGGUAAGCAACUUCCUCUGGGCGCGACUGGGUGUGGAUGUGUGCAACGGUGAUGGGUAUGGAGGCCGGCUUGUUUGCACGACGACACACCAUGCAGAACCUGUUUGUCACUCUUUCGGUCUCCCAACCAAGUUCGAAUUGACUACCGUCGGGGAGGCAGUCGAGCGUUUGCUGGCGCCUGCUAUGUGUGCGAUCGACUGCAACAACAGACAAGAAAGCACCUCACUCAUUCAACAGAAAACCGCCACGGAGCUUGCUGCCACAAUCCUCAACAAAGAUGUCAGCAAUUUGGGACCCGAAGGUCUGCAAGCAGUAGGAAAGGAAAUUCACGCCCGGCUCAACCAACAACUGGGGUGCUCACCGGUCUGCUUUUACGACACGUGUAAGUACAAUCCCUUCGAGCCCAAUACGUCCCAUUGCGACUGCAAGGCGGCACUCUUCCAAUGCGUUAUGAUGCACGCUACGGAUAACAAAAAGCGCCGUUUCUUCAACGCAGACGCACUACUUGACUUCAACACGAAUCCAGGGAAAAUGGCCGAACACAGCACCGCUCGAACAAGCGACAACAUCGUUCGAUGCGAACUAAAAUGCUUUUCUGAAAAUCCAACUUCUUGA